UUGUGUUGGUGAGUGAACGGGCCGCGUGCUGGAUAGAGAUAAUCAGCGUACCAUUCUGGCAGACAGGUUUGUUGGAAAGUUAUCCACAAGGAAAUAUGUCGUCUGCCAAUUGCUGAUUGAGGAGGAGACUUCGAUCGUUGUCUGCCUUGGUUCAACUGUGAUUAGGAUUGUUAAGAGCGACAGUUUAUAUAAGAGUUAGUGUAGAAAGCAUCUAAUGAAAACACGAGUUCGGCGUGCGGCUGGUAAAGGUCUUAAAUAAAUGGCCUUGUACUGUUAAUUAAGCGGAUCUCGUAGCUGGAGGAGGAUUAAGAUUGACUAAUGACUAUUCUCCGGUAAAAAGCAUGGAUGAAAUCGGAGCACAAUUAUGUGUUUAAGAAUAUGGUCAUUCUAGGAGUUCUUAUUGCAAUGCUCUGGCGUCGCUGAUCAAAGGGCGCCUUAUCUUACACGAAAACAUGUAAUAUGAUUCAACACUGGACACUAACGAGCCAAUGUAAUACUUUGUACUUAAGUAAAUACAUUCUCUAAAAAUCAAUUUAACUAAUUGAAAGGUUUUUAAGUAUCAUUGCUAGUUCGUCACCAUGCCCAGCGGAAACGCUCGGAAAAUCACCUUUCCAGCUGAUUCGGUUCUCAGCGCUGUUAUACAAGAUGGUGACGUGUGUGAAUUGUGCCAUAUCUUGCACAACCGGAGGGGUGAAUUUAACAUAAACCAAACAAACCACGUCGGACUGACCGCGCUCCACCACGCCGUUCUCAGCAACAAUCUGGACGCCGUCAAAAUGUUAUUGUGUGGUAACUCGGAUGUGAAUGCAAAGGACGUGCACGGAUUUAGUCCCUUACACACCGCCUCAGCAUGUGGAUUCCUACAGAUCUCCAGUUUGUUACUUGUGUUUGGUGCCGAUGUUUUUUCUUUGACGAAACAAAUGGAGUUACCUGUAGACGUUGCCAAAGAUAUAAGCAUUGUCCGCAUGCUUACCAUGGAAAUGUACAGUCGUGUCCAUGCCGAGUUGUACCUUCAAACAGUCAUCACUACUAAGUUACAAAAUAUGUGGUCAAAAUUUCUUAAAAUCGUUAUGUUUGUGAUGAAAUUCUUAUUUACUUUGGUGAAAAAUGUGUGGCAACGAUAUGCCUUCACCGUGAGACAGGAUAAUGACGGAAAGGUGAGUGUGGUACCAAACACUGUGAAUGGGGGUACCAAAAUAACGCAUAUUGACAACAACAACAAACAAAAGAGAAGAAGUAAGCCAAUGAUGAAAAUAGAAUGAUACUCCAUACACCUUCUUUGUCACGAUGUCCGUGUCUCCAGUAUUACGUCAGCUAUAGAAUUGACAUUUUGACCUCUCAUUCAGGUAUCGAAAUAUUCAGUGGAACGUCUUUCUUAGUAGGGAAAUUUUACUACCACAACAAACAUCGGGUGUUGUGACUUGGUGUGUGAUCAGAUACCGUUACCGAAACGUCACGUAUUCUAGAUGGUACAAUGUAAAUUAGAUGUCUAUGUCUUUAUUAGGACUAUAGCAUUGACAGGGUUUACAAUACUUGUGUAAACAUCUCGAAUUUACUCCUUUUUUUUGCUACUGAAAAGGUUUGACGUAAAUCGUUGAUCAAAGAAGGGUUUGUCCAAAUUCUGCACGUGAAGGAUGUCUGGAAUAAAUGCUCAGGAAAUGUGAUUCUAUUUAAAUGAAGGAAAUUUAUUUACAUAAUUUUAUUUAUUUGUAAACUUUGCCAAUCUCUGUUGCUAUAAAUAACAUAAAUCUGUGUUAUGUUGAUAUACAGGAGAGUGCAUGCACAAGAUCUGCUAGAGAUACAAUUCUAUUUUUACAUAAACAUAAAUUGUAUUUAUGUCCGGGCCAAUAUGUGUACGGAGCUAUACAGAACGAGGUGCGUAUCGCCGAUACAGACGUGAGGAGAACAUGUCUCAUUAGUGCAAAUCGUGAAUGUUUUAUGAAUGCGUGCGAGAAGGAUGUGUAAUGAACGUGUGAAGAUUUAUGUAAUAAGUCAACACAGGAUAUGUAAUGGUGGAACUAUUUCUGAUAUCACAAUAAACGGGAAAGGGUUUCCA